AUGUCAGGGUCAAAAAUCCCAAAGAAUCUCUUCCGCCUGUUUGUGUGCUGUGUGGCAGGUAGUCCACUCGACGUUUUCAAGUCUCAUGAGAAGCAUCCACCAACAUCCGCCAAAAUGGUGAACUUCACGGUAGACCAGAUUCGCAACAUCAUGGACAAGAAGGUGAACAUUCACAAUAUGUCAGUCAUUGCCCAUGUCGACCAUGGCAAGUCCUCUCUGACUGACUCUCUUGUAUGUAAAGCUGGAAUCAUGGCAUCAUCUUGUGCGGGUAAAACUUGCUUCACAGAUACCCAUAAACAUGAGCAGGAAUGAUGUAUUACAAUCAAAUCUACAGUAAUUUCCCUCUUCUAUGAACUAUCUGAGAAUGAUUUGGCCUUUAUUAAGCAAAGUAAAAAUGGGGCUAGUUUCCUUAUCAACUUAAUUGACUCUCCACGUGGACUUUUCCUCUGAAGUUACAGCAGCUCUGCGUGUUACUGACGGUGCCCUUGUUGUGGUGGACUGUGUGUCUGGUGUAUGUGUGCAGAUUGAAACUGUACUCCAUCAAGCAAUUGCUGAAAGUAUCCGCCCUGUCUUGAUGAUGAACAAAAUGGACCGUGCACUUUUGGAACUGCAACUAGAGCAAGAAGAGCUUUAUCAGACCUUCCAGCAUAUAUGUGGAGAACGUAAAUGUUAUCAUAUCCAACUAUGGUGA